AUGGUUCAAAGCGUCAUUGUCAAUGGCAGCAGCGACCGCUUCCUGGUGCCGCCGGCGGAUGGUGUGAACAAUGGUCCGUAUGUUCGUGUAUCUGACGGUGAUGAUGGUGGUUAUGCUGGUCAUGCUGAUUAUGCUGGUCAUGAUCGUCCUCGCAGAAAGCGGCCCACGCGCCGUUCCGGCGUCACUCGACGCAAGCGCAUGAAGGAGAUCCGGGUGCAGCAGAACGCCCUGGACGAAGACCGCUGCGAGAUUCUCACGGGCCUGGACCGGCUGCAGCACCAGCGGCAUCGAAUCUACGAGGCCGAGGAAGACCUGAACACGACGCUGGCCGUCAUUCAGGCGACCAAAGAGCGCAUUGACAGCCGGUACUGGCAUCAGGUGUCGGAGCGGAUACGGGCCCAGGGCGUCGAGGCCCGAAAGGCACAAAACUCGGUCCCGGCACGGCCGACCUCGUCCCACGCGGCUCCCCUGAACCCUACUGCGCCCAUUUUUGUUGUCCCGUCGCGCGGCCCCAUGCCGUCCAACAAGCCGUGGAACCCGCUCGCUGCCGACUUUGUUCCCCGUCCUCGCACGGCGCCCCUGCCCUCCACCAACGAUUUUGUGCCGCCUCAGCCGAUCGUGGUUCGAACCACCUCGCCCCUCACCUUUGAUGUCGAGCCGCGUGGAAAGCCAAUUGUUCGCCUGCCACCCAUCCGUCUGCCAAUGGUCCACCUGCCCGAUGUCCGUCCGGCUCCUAGUCCUGGUCCUGGCCCCGUCAUUUGGGCGGUGCCCGUGGCCCGGAACCCCAAUGCCAGCCCCCUGCGCCGCUCGCCCUCGUGCGCCAGCUUGGUAACGCGCACCGCUUCGAUCGUGCCGUGCGCGCCGUCGACUCUGCGCCGGUCCGCCAGCUUCGAUCGCAGUGCGACGCCCAUCGAUCUCUCUGCGUUUACGAAGCUGAAGCGUGAGGCGCCGCCGAAAACGGUGACAGCGACUGUGACCGCCCCAUCCAAGGCGGCCGUCAAGGCACUCUCUGUGCCCUCGUUCUCCCGCAAGGCUGUCUCGUCUGUUACUUCUGCUGCUUCCCCGUCGCCGUCUCCGUCGGUUUCUCGCCGUGGAAGUGUCGGCAGCGUCGGCAGCGUCGGCAGCAACACUGGUGCUGUCGUCUCGCUCCGGAAGAUGGCCACGACCUCUGCGGCCGUCGCCGUCGCUGUCGCCGCUUCGGCGUCUGCCUCCCGCGCUGGCUCUCCUGCGGUCUCACGCCGUGCCAGUGUGAGCAGCGCCGGCGGUGGCGGCGAUCCGCGCGGCGCUGGCUUUGCCGCCUCCCUUCGCCUGGCUGCGGGCACGUCCCGGUCGUGGUCCGUGUCGCCUUUUCUUGUCCCGUCAACGUCGGGCUCUGCUAUGCGCCGGUCCAGCUCCACCCCCGGUGAGGCGUCAUCCACUCUGUCGUCCCGCCGCCAGCCGCUGCCAUCUCGUGAAUCGUCUCGGGAGUCGUCUCGGGCAUCGUCUCGGGCACCUUCUCGGGCACCUUCUCGGACACCUUCGUGCACGCCGCCCCAGGCGCCCCAUGCGUCUCCUCGUCUGCAUCCGAUCCGCCAGCCCCGCAACCCCCCGGCCGUCUCUGCCCGUGUUCCUCCACCGACCCGCACUGUGGCCAACUGGACCCCAUGGAUGUCCAACACGCACAGCCAGUCGUCCUCCAUGGCGUCGUCGGCAUCGUCGUCGCCUCUUGUGCGGGCGGCGUCGCCGAGUACAAACGCCACGCACUUUCGGAGAGCUGUCGUCAAGAGCACGGCCACUCAGGGCCGCGUCGCAACCGCCAGCACCAGCAUCAGCCCCGUCGUCGACACCUCUGCACUUUCCCAGGUUGCUGCUCUGCACCGGGCGGCUUUGGCUGCGCUGACGCUGGCGCCUGAGGCCGCACAGGAGCACGACCAGGACGAAGACGAGGCGCUGGAGAUGGAGAUGGGCCAUAAGAAGGGACGGCCCGUUUUGGAAGCCAGUUCUCCACCGCCGCCGUCUCCUCCUACUGCUGUUGCUGUUCCCUCUCCCAGUCUCUUGCACACGAACAAAAUGGCCAGCACGAACACACCAGGCACGCCAUCGUUGCUGCGGACAUCCAUGACGCAAUCGCCGAUCCAGGAUUCGCUUGUUUCGCUCGCGUCCAUUCCGGCCCUCGACCUGAACGCGCCCGUUGCGGGUGACACGCCCACUUCGCUUCCUCCGCCUCCUACAACAACCCGUCGUGGCCGCACGGCAUCCCUUGCUGCCGCGGCCAACACCGACAAGGACGGAGUCGAGGCGCCGCCCAACACGCCGUCCAUUGCCAAGUUCUUCUCCAAACUGCUCCACCGGGACGGAAAACGGCCGUAG